AUGGUCCGACUCAUCACCCAUAAUCUACUUUCAUGUCAUGUUAAAAAUUGCACCUCUAAUAACUUCCCAUUGGUAUUUAGCGAAGUAGAACUCGUAGUUAGACCCGUCCCUGAGAACCAGGAGUUUUUAAAGAGGUUUUUACCAAAAUUAGAAUGGGGAGCAUUAGUAGAGACUGCUAGAUCGCUCGGAAACGAAUCUCUUCCCCUAAUACAACCCGAAACUUUGACGGACGAUCAAUUGAAAGCAUUACAUCAUGUUUUACUUGAAUUACAUGUGGAACAAGGUAAUAUGACUUGUAAAGGUUGUGGACAUGUUUAUCCUAUAUCAAAUGGGAUACCUAAUAUGUUAUUGGCCGAACAUGAAGUAGGAAGAUGA